CAUGCACAACGGCAUCCUCUCCAACUGUCCAGUCCAGUGGGGCCUGCAUCCAUCCUAUGCUGCCCUUCUUGACGCAAUCUCCUGUUCGCGCCAGGGAAACAAGCUUUUUGCUAAGCUCGGCGCUUCUCCAUUCUCAUCCGGGAGGGGCGGCAGUGUUGACGAAGCCGACCAGCCUUCAUUCCUAGCCACCCGCUCCCGCUCUACAACCACCGCUGCAACCACCCACAGCCACGCCAUUCUCUUCUUUCCUCUGCAUACCCUCCUGCUUGCGCCCACACUGCCUUCCCACACGACUGCCGGCAAUGAAUUGUAGUUGGCUCACAUUAGCGGCCCCUGUGUAAUCGUCCAGUGUCGCCCACCAUGUCUGCCCAAAGGAUUGGUAUCUUUACCAUCGACUUCCCGGACCCUCUUCGCAUCGACUACGACAACAACCAGUUCAUUACACUCAACGAUUCCGUCUCGUUCCAGUACCGCAUCCUCAACAACAUCCAGACCUUGUCCACCAAAGGCGUCGACGGCAACCAAGACCCCUACGGCAUACUCUACGUACCUGAUGUCUACACAUCUGGCUGCAAGCAACAGGAGGCAGACUACGUCCUCGAGAAUGCGACACGGAUAGCCAAUCUCCCGUCCGACAAGGAUUACGCACUCAUCGCCGUUGCACCCUGGUACUCGGCGCAGUGUACCAUCGAAUACUUCACCGCAGCGCGCAACCAUCCCACCAAAGCCUUUCUCACCUACCUUCCCGGAGACAGCAACGCCAAACCACCGGUGCUCAACGAUGCGGCGUGGAACCUUCAAGAUGGCGGUAGUUGGCAGACGGCCAAUGACUUUCCCACCUAUGCGCUGUCUUCAAUGACGGGGAGGAACAUCAUGGAGCAGCUGGACCAGUAUUCUGGAAACUUGAGCCAGGUACCGCAUGCCGAUCAACUCUCGCAGAUAUACGAUUCCACCGACUAUGUGCGCUUGUGGGCAACCGUCAGUACUGAUUCUGGUGGCCAACUCCCAAGCCUAUGGGUUUUCCUCGUCAUCGUCUUAGCAGUCCUACUCGUGGCUGUCAGCAUCACUUCUCUCGUCAUGCAUAUCAUCCAACGAAGACGGCGCAACGACCUGCGCGAGCGCGUUCUCAACGGCCAGGUCGAUCUCGAAGCAUUGGGCGUCAAGCGUCUCACAGUCUCGCAACAAGUUCUCGACAAACUACCCAUACACACACACACUGCUCCCGCCGUUGCUGCUGCUGCUGCUUCGAACGAGCCUGAGAAGACCACCGCUACACAAGCGCCGAACCACGCACACGAUCUCCCACACGCCGCCGUAGAUGCUGAAACUGGCUACAAGGGACCUCAGCUGCUCCGCCACUCGUCUGCACCCACGAUACCUACAGUACCCACGUCUGGUACGUCUGCAUCAUGGUCCCAGCCCACAUGUCCAAUCUGCAUGGAUGACUUUGAAGUCGACGAAACACAAGUGCGCGAGCUUCCGUGCCACCACAUUUUCCAUCCUGAGUGCAUCGAUACCUUCCUCCUCAAUCACUCAUCGUUAUGUCCCAUGUGCAAACAAACUGUAUUGCCUACAGGUGCUUGUCCGGUCAAUAUUACCAACGUCAUGGUACGGCGAGAGCGCCAUAUAAAUCGCAUGCGAGCGCGCAGUGCUCAUACAGCAAACACCCAACCAAGUUCCGUAUCCACACCUCCCUCAACAGUGCCAGUUUCACUAGCGCGCCCAGCGGCCGCUUUUGGGUCGCUUGGCAACAGGAUAGGCGGAGCUAUCUCUGGUCGACGUAUCUUCAGCGCACCUGAGCGGACGCAGUCACGACCACAUGAUAUCGAGAUGGCCACUACGCCGCCACCUGAUGCCCCACCACAACCUCAGCCGGCCAGUGCACCAACUUCACAAAAUCCACAAGACUGUAGUCCUACUCAUAACAGACGAGAAUGGGCACGGCAACGAGCAUUGGCUAUGCUUGGUCCCCGUCAUGCGCCUGCUAGUGACGUGGAAGAAGAAGAAGAAAAUGUGCCAAAGUGGCGGCGUGUGUUCCGCAAGGUCUUUCCCAUUUGAUCAAUAAGCGAUUUGUUUUAUCACGAUACCUCAGCAUAGAUUCGGCGCAACACUUUCAUUAACGUAAUGUAUUACAACGGUGUUCAGGAGAUCACGGAAGCGGCUUUGGGAUCAUUUGGAAAGGGAGAUACCAGGGCUACAUAGCGACAUUACUGCUGCAUACAAUU